AUGUCUAUGUCACAGCUUCCUGAGGCGAAUAUCGCUGUUCUUGAGCAGCAUUCACAAGGCCUCAACGCUCUUACAGACUUGAGGAAGGCGCUCCCUGAGGAGAAUAAUAUUAUCUAUCAGCGAAAAUGGGUUUACGGCUAUUGGUUUAAAGUCAAAUACAUGCGACGAAUCGCAGAGAGACACAAACUCGACUGGCAGAAACACGGUUCUAAGCUGGUCGACAAAUUCGUGACCUCACUCGCAUAUUCGACCGGCAUCUUCUUUGAUGCACAUGCUGCAAUAUACCAGGGUCAACCUGCAUUGAUUCUUGCCUUUGCUGAGGAUGAUGACAGACGGAGGUUGGACCAUAUUGAGUUUUCCGAGUCAGAAAUAGACAAGAUACGAAGGGGAAUUGGUCUCCCGGCUGGGACGAAGCCGAGAUGGUAUGAACUUAGCGGAAAGGGAACUGAUCCAGAUGAAGAAGUCGAAAGCGAAGAUGAGACGUACCCUGAUGAGACUGGCAGGACUGUCGAAGUAGCCUCUCGUCCCCGCAAUAUUCCCAAUCAUGUACAGGAGUUAAUGUCGAGGCGGAUGGAGAUCUACUAG